AUGCUCCGUUCAUUUUUUGCCUUUCUUUAUUUUAUUCUUUUCACUUCUUUCUUUCUUUCUUUCUUUCUUUCUUUCUUUCUUUCUUUCUUUCGCUCAAUUUCUUUCCUUUUUCCGCCUUUCUUUUUCGAUUUCUUUUUCUUUGCGUUUUUUUCUUACUUACUUUCUUUCUUUCUUUCUUUCUUUCCGCCUUUUUCUUUUACUCGAUUUCUUUCUUUGCGCCUUUUUCUUUUCUUUCUUUCUUUGCGCCUUUUUCUUUUUUUUCUUUCUUUUUUCUUUCUUUCUUUCUUUUUCUUUUACUCGAUUUCUUUCUUUGCGCCUUUUUCUUUAUUUAAUUUCUUUCUUUCUUUCUUUCUUUUAUCACAGUACUUCUAUCUAUCUAUCUAUCUAUCUAUCUAUCUGAUAAAAUAUAGUUUUAAGGUUACAACACUAUCUAUCUAUCUAUCUAUCUAUCUAUCUAUCUAUCUAUCUAUCUAUCUAUUACAUUGUUCAUAUCUAUCUAUCUAUCUAUCUAUCUUAGUCUGUUCAUAUCUAUCUAUCUAUCUAUCUAUCUAUCUAUCUAUCUAUUACAUUGUUCAUAUCUAUCUAUCUAUCUUAGUCUGUUCAUAUCUAUCUAUCUAUCUAUCUAUUACAUUGUUCAUAUCUAUCUAUCUAUCUAUCUUAGUCUGUUCAUAUCUAUCUAUCUAUCUAUCUAUCUAUUACAUUGUUCAUAUCUAUCUAUCUAUCUAUCUAUCUAUCUAUCUUAGUCUGUUCAUAUCUAUCUAUCUAUCUAUCUAUCUAUCUAUCUAUCUAUUUCUCUCUCUCUCUAUCUAUCUAUCUAUCUGUUAUAUAACCGAUUAUGAAUCGGUCUACACCUUGGUCUCUCUCUCUCUCUCUCUCUCUCUCUUGCUAUCUCUGGUAUUUUUCUCUGUCUCUAACACUCCCUCUCUCUGUGGUCUUCAUUCUUGUCUCUAA